AUGGGUCGGGUGAAACUGGAGAUCAAAAGAAUUGAGAACACAACGAACCGACAAGUUACCUUCUCAAAACGUAGAAAUGGUUUGAUUAAGAAAGCUUAUGAAUUGUCGAUUCUUUGUGACAUCGACAUUGCUCUUAUCAUGUUCUCUCCUUCAGAUCGUCUUAGCCUCUUUUCAGGAAAAACUAGGAUCGAAGAUGUUUUCACAAGGUUUAUUAAUCUUUCUAACCAAGAAAGAGAGAAUGCUCUAGUCUUUCCCGACCAGGAUAGACGUCCGUACUAUCUACUAAGGAUUUUGCAACAGCUCAAGACUGAAAAUGACAUCGCUCUUCAACUCACUAAGUCCGAUACUUCCUUCUUAUUUAUCUUUAUAGAACUUGAGCAAGAAGUGUGUAGAUUACAACAACAACUCCAAAUGGCAGAGGAACAACUAAGCAGGAGAUACGAACCGGAUCCAGUAAGAUUCACGAGCAUGGAGGAAUAUGAAGUUUGUGAGAAGCAACUUCUCGACACGUUAACACAUGUUGUCCAACGACGAGAGCAUCUCGUAAGCAGCCAUUUAUCUUCAUACGAAGCACCCACUAUGCAACAAGGCAUUGCAGGUCCUUUCGCAAACGGCGUCCUCGAAGGUUGGUUGCCUGAAAAUGGGCACAAUCAAGUCAAUUUAUUUGAUGCAUCAGCUCAUUCUACUCAACUCAGAGAAUUAUCAUCGGCUAUGUACGACCCAUUGUUGCAAGGUAGUAGCUCAAGUUCGAACCAAAACAACAUGAGUGAAUGUCAUGUAACGAAUCACAAUGGUGACAUGUUCUCUGAGUGGGCCCAGGCGUAUUCAUCAUCGGCCUUGUUCCCUUCUAUGAACCAGCAGCAUGGAAGUGUGGGACCCAGUAUAGAGGAAAUGAUGCCAGGUCAGCAAAGUGAAAUCUUGGCAGUGACGACGACGGAAGCACCUCAACAAGCUAAGCUUGAAGUGGUCGACGACUAUGAAACAAGAGUUCCCCAGCUCAGUAGCCAAUAA